UGACGAUGUUACAUAAGGAGGGAAGCUCAACUCAAUGAUCAUUAGACAAAGCCGAGUUCAACUCAUCCUGAAAUGUCAUUGGAGUCAUCAUCCUCUGGUGAGAAGAAACCAAUGGGUUCCACUAGAUUCGAAUCGGCCACAAAGCCACACGCAGUUUGCAUUCCCUGCCCUGCACAAAGCCACAUCGGCGCCAUGCUCAAGUUAGCAAAGCUCCUCCAUCACAAGGGCUUCCACAUCUCCUUCGUCAACACCGAGUUCAACCACCGGCGUCUCGCUAGGGCCCGAGGCCCUGAAUUCGCAAACGGAACGCUGAGCGACUUUCAGUUCCUGACGAUCCCGGAUGGUCUUCCUCCUUCGGAAGCGGAUGCGAUACAGGACAUGCAGAUGCUCGGUGACUCGAUGAGGAACUAUAUGGCCGGCCCCUUUGGCGAUCUUGUAUCGAGCCUGGGCUCGAACCCGAGUCUCCCUCCGGUGACUUGCAUCGUCUCGGACGGUUUCAUGGCGUUUACGACGAGUCCCGCGGCUUCGAAAUUUGGGAUUCCGCUCAUACACCUGUUCCCUAUACCCGGUUGUGCCCUUAUGGCGGUGAAACAAUUGCGGGCCCUGGAAGAAAACGGUCUCGCACCACUCACAGAUGAAUCCCAAUUGAUGAAUGGGUAUGGGAACACCCCUAUCGAUUGGAUCCCGGGAAUGAAAAACAUGAGGCUGUGCGACAUGCCUCACUUCUUCCGAAUCUCUGGCUCCGAUGACACUUUAUUGAACUUCACCGCUGACAACGGCCACAAGACCGGUGACGCCACGAUGACCAUUAUCCACACCUUCGAGGCGCUUGAGCCGGAUGUGCUGCACGCCCUCUCCUCAAUGAUCCCAAGGGUUUAUACGGUGGGACCACUCCACCUAAUGAUCAAUCGAAUCGCUCAAGAAAAAGUAUUCACCUCGAAGCACAUAGAGUGCAAUCUGUUAGAAGAGCACGACGAAUGCCUUUGCUGGUUGGACUCAAAGGAGCCCAAGUCUGUGAUCUAUGUGAACUUUGGGAGUAUAGCAUUCAUGACGCACCAACAAUUGGUUGAAUUUGCGAUGGGACUGGCUAAUAGCAAUCAGUGUUUCUUAUGGGUCUUGAGGCCUGAUGCGGUGAACGAAGACACAACGACUCUUCCCGAAGAGUUUGUUGAGGAAACAAGAGAGAGAGGCUUUUUAUCUGGGUGGUGCCCACAAGAGAGAGUGUUAUGCCACCCUUCAAUUGGAGGGUUCUUGACUCAUUGUGGUUGGAACUCGACCAUCGAGAGCUUGUCGGCUGGAGUUCCGAUGUUGUGUUGGCCGUGCUUUGGAGACCAACCAACGAAUUGUAAGUAUAUAUGUGAUGAUUGUGGGGUUGGGUUGAAGAUGGAUGGUAAUGUGAAGAGGGAUGAAGUGGAGAGGCUUGUGAGGGAAUUGAUGGAAGGAGAGGUGGGGAAGAAAAUGCGACGCAAGGCCAUGGAGUGGAAGAAGAUGGCAGAAGAAGCAGUUGAUGAAAACGGUUCGUCUUUUAUGAAUUUGGACAAGUUGCUGGACAAGGUUUUGUCUAAAUAGUGUAAUGUGAUAUUUUUCUAUAUGCAUUAUGUUUUCCUCAAUAGAGGACUUUCUAUGAUAAUGACUUAUGUAUCAAUUUAAGUAAAAAUAAAUAUGAUUGAUAUUCAUAUUUGAAA